AUGGAAGAUUUUCUUAAGGAAUUCGGAGACUAUUAUGGAUACCCAGAUGGUCCUAAGAGCAUCAAAGAGAUCCGUGAGACUGAAUUCAAGAGAUUAGACGAAGGUGUUGUAUACCUGGAUCAUGCUGGUUCUACUUUGUAUUCCGAGCUGCAGAUGGAAAACGUUUUUAAGGACUUUACAAGCAAUGUUUAUGGAAAUCCACGUAUCCUUAAUCUCUUACAUUUUGUUUUACUAGCUGAGAUGGCAGAUCUAGUAGGUUAUUCAGAUAGUCAAAGUGAUAUCAGUUCAGCGACCAGUGACCUUAUAGCUGAUGCUCGGCAUCAGGUACUUGAAUACUUCAAUGCAUCUCCUGAGGAUUACAGUUGCAUAUUCACUUCCGGAGCCACAGCAGCACUGAAGCUUGUCGGAGAGACAUUUCCGUGGACCCAUGACAGCAACUUUUUGUAUACCAUGGAGAAUCACAACAGUGUACUUGGUAUUAGGGAAUAUGCAUUAGGUCAAGGUGCUUCAGCAUGUGCAGUGGAUAUUGAAGAGACAGCUAACCAGCCCAGUCAGCUAGCAAGUUCGGGACCAUUUAUCAAGGUAAAGCAUCGUGCUGUGCAGAGGAGAAACACUUCUAAACUCCAGAAGGAUGAGUCAAGAGGAGAUGCCUAUAAUUUAUUUGCUUUCCCCUCCGAGUGCAAUUUUACCGGCUUGAGGUUCAACCUUGAUCUGGUGAAGUUGAUUAAAGAAAAUCCCGAAGCUACACUGCAAGGCUCUCCCUUUGGCACGUAUGUAUCGUCUGACAUUCUCUCUUCAUCUCUUAUUUUUCUUAGUGCCUUGCAUUGGAGCAAGCGGUGGAUGGUCUUGAUUGAUGCUGCGAAAGGCUGUGCUACACUACCACCUAAUUUGUCGGAGUAUCCUGCAGAUUUUGUUGUCGUGUCAUUUUACAAGUUAUUUGGUUAUCCUACUGGGCUUGGUGCUCUCCUUGUACGGAAUGAUGCUGCCAAAUUGCUCAAAAAGACUUACUUUAGUGGAGGCACUGUCGCUGCCUCAAUUGCUGACAUUGACUUUGUAAAAAGAAGAGAAAGAGUGGAGGAGUUUUUUGAGGAUGGCUCUGCUUCAUUCUUGAGCAUAACAGCCAUCCGCCAUGGCUUCAAAUUACUCAAGUCCCUUACUACUUCUGCAAUUUGGAUGCACACAACAUCACUUUCCAUGUAUGUGAAAAAGAAACUUCAGGCUUUAAGACAUGGAAACGGGGCUGCUGUAUGUGUUAUGUAUGGCAGUGAGAAUCAGAAGUACUGGAUUCAUUCUAGUUUUAUGUUACAGUUAUCUUCACAUAAAUCAGGCCCAACGGUUACAUUCAACUUGAAGAGACCUGAUGGCUCUUGGUUUGGCUACCUGGAGGUGGAAAAGCUUGCUUCGUUAUCUGGCAUUCAGUUACGGACAGGAUGCUUUUGCAAUCCUGGCGCAUGUGCAAAGUAUCUCGACUUGUCACAUUCGGAUCUGUUGUCUAAUGUAGAGGCUGGGCAUGUUUGUUGGGAUGACAAUGACGUGAUUAAUGGAAAACCAACAGGGGCUGUUAGGGUUUCAUUUGGUUAUAUGUCAAGCUUUGAAGAUGCCAAGAAAUUUAUUGAUUUCAUCAUAAGUUCAUUUGUUUCACCUACAAAGAAUAUUGGGAAUGGAAUUGCCGUCAGUGGAAGGUUUACUCAACUUCCUAGUGAAGAACUUGAAAGUAGAGAAUCCUCUCCUAGCUACUUCCUUAAAUCAGUUACCAUAUACCCAAUCAAGUCGUGUGCUGGAUUUUCUGUGAAUCGUUGGCCACUUUGCAAAACAGGCCUGCUGCAUGAUCGAGAAUGGAUGAUUCAGGGUCUGACGGGUGAAACUCUUACCCAAAAGAAGGUGCCUGAGAUGUCUCUUAUUAGCACCUUUCUCGACCUUGAGGAAGGACUAUUGUCUGUAGAAUCUACUCGCUGCAAAGACAAGUUGCACAUCAGAAUCAAGUCUAAAUCAUAUAAUCCAAGGAGCAAUGAGUUCGAUUCACAUGACAACAUACUUGAAAGUCAUAGCGAGGAAACAAGAAUCAAUAGUUGGUUCACCAGUGCCAUUGGUCGACAAUGCAAAUUGUUACAGUAUUGUAGCUCUACUUUCAAACACUGCUUGAACAGAAACAAGAGUCAUGGGCUGUGCAGGGAUUUGGAAAGCAAUAUCAACUUUGCUAAUGAAGCUCAGUUCUUGUUGAUCUCCGAGGAGAGUGUUGCUGACCUAAACAGAAGAUUAGACGCAAAAGGCAAGGAUAACAACCAAGCUCUUGAGAAAAUUAAUCCAUAUAGAUUCAGACCAAAUCUGGUAAUAUCGGGAGGUGAAGCAUACGCAGAAGAUAAAUGGAGAACUCUCAAGAUAGGAGACAGUCAAUUCACGUCGUUGGGUGGUUGUAAUCGGUGCCAGAUGAUAAACAUAAGUAAUGGGACUGGACAAGUGAAGAAAUCCAACGAGCCCUUAACAACUUUAGCUUCAUACAGGAGAGUAAAGGGAAAGAUCUUGUUUGGAACUCUUCUGAGAUACGAGAUUGAUGCAAAAACGGAGUCUUGGAUUCAAGUUGGAGAAGAAGUAACUCCAUAUACUGAUUACUGA